AUGAAUGGCUACGGCUACCCAGCCUUGUCGGUGCCACACGCUGCCACAUUUUGGAUUGACGAAACUCAAUUCUAUUGGAGGCCCCUCCAGCCGAUCUGCGAAAUUCAAGAACCUUACCCAUCUGGUGUCCCAGGUCUCAGCGAAGCUUUGGCAGAAUGGUUCUCCCAUGACCCAUACGCCGACGAGGCACAAAUGAUAAAAGCAGCGCCAGAUGACUUGCAACCAACUUCUUCACCAGGUGCAGGACAGCCGCUUUCCGGCCAGUACGGAAACUGCCUUGUUUGUGGGCUUGAGGCCAACGGAAUCCACUACGGACGUAGGACCUGCGAGGGCUGCAAAAGCUUCUUCAAGCGCGCCGUGCAGACUCAGACAUGUGAUCAAUUUAAGUGCAAGGAGGCCGCGAAAUGUUCCGUGAUCAGCAGCCAGCGAUCCUAUUGCAGACGAUGCCGAUGGGACAAAUGCGUUUCUGCUGGGCUUCAAAUAGAGAGUGUACGAAGAGGGACGAUGGCAGGUCGCGCGGGUCGUCCGAGACGAAAAACGUCG